AUGGAUAUCCAAGUGCGGCGUUUGCCAGGCAUUCGCAAGAAAGACACUCGGCCAGCUACUUUUUACACGCCGGUCACCACCGCCAUCCCAUUUGCCAAGUGGGGGAUUGAUUUGUUGGGGUCAUUACCAGUCGCCCCCGGAGGCUUGAAGUUCUGUGUCGUAGCUAUCGACUACUUCACCAAGUGGGUCGAGGCGGAACCACUGGCUACCAUAACUGAGUACCAAUGCCGACGCUUUUUGUGGAAAAGGGUGAUUUGCCGCUUCGGCCUGCCCGAGCACAUUGUCAGCGACAACGGGCGACAGUUCGAUUGUCAGGCAUUCGCCGACUUCUGCCGCCGGCACGAUAUCCGCCACACUAAGGUGUCGGUGGCAUACCCACAGGCCAACGGACAAGUCGAGAACGUGAAUCGAACGCUAGUGGAUGGGAUUCCGAAGAAAUUGGAAGAUAUUCGAGGGAAUUGGGCUGAUGAGCUUGACCGAGUCCUAUGGGCUUAUCGCACUACCCAACGACGAGCAACUGGAGAGAGUCCAUUCUCACUCGCGUACGGAUUUGAGGCCAAGGUUCCAAUUGAGGUGGUCGAGCCCACUCACCGCGUCCGUACCUAUUCAGACACGGAGAACGAAGAGAGUCUUCGAAUUGAGAAAAACUUCUUAAAAGAAAAGAGGGAAGUCGCGAGUGCGCGAAUGGCUGAAUACCAACAAGCGGUAAAAAGAUAUCGCGAUCGGAGGAUUCGUCUGCGAACCUUCCAGGUCGGCGACCUUGUACUACGGGAUCGACAGGCCAGUCAACCCGCAGAGGGGGGCAAGCUUGCGAUUAAGUGGGAGGGACCAUACCGCAAUGGCGCGGUUGUCCAGGCUGGAACCUACAAAUUGGAAACCAUGGAGGGCAAGCCCGUGGACCGGAUUUGGAACGUCAUUCACCUAAAGAAGUUCUAUCAAUAG